AUGGGUUCGCAAAAGCGAAAGUUCUCGGAUGCCAAUGGCUCCAAGCCUGCCAAGUCCACCAAGGCUGCUCCCGCUGUGCCUGCGCAGAAGAAAUCCAAGAAGGUGAAGCGCGUUGAGCCGGAAGAGCCCGUGGAGGAGGAGUCGAGCGAGGACGAGGUCGAGGAUGAAGCCGAGGAGGACGCCUCUGACGACGAUGACAUUGAAGACGUAGACGAGGAUGAGGAUGCCGCCGCCGAAAGCGAAGAAGACGACGAGGACGACAACGAGACCGACGAGGUUGCCAAAGUCACAGCCAACGGCGACGACCCGCUCCAAGAUGGCAGCCUCACCCUGCCUCCCGGCGCCGAGUCGAAUGCGAACACGUUUGACGAGCUGAAGCUCUCGGAGCGCACCAUGAAGGCAAUCAAGGAAAUGGGAUUCACCAAGAUGACCGAGAUCCAGCGCCGUGGUAUCCCCCCUCUGCUCGCUGGCAAGGACGUGCUGGGAGCCGCCAAGACCGGCAGUGGAAAGACCCUGGCUUUCUUGAUCCCGGCUGUGGAAAUGCUCAACUCGUUGCGCUUCAAGCCGCGCAACGGAACCGGUGUCAUCAUUGUGUCCCCCACCCGCGAGCUGGCACUACAGAUCUUUGGUGUCGCAAGAGAAUUGAUGGCGCACCACUCUCAGACCUACGGAAUCGUCAUUGGUGGUGCCAAUCGGAGGGCCGAGGCUGACAAGCUCGCCAAGGGUGUCAACCUCCUGGUUGCGACGCCAGGACGUCUGCUUGAUCACCUGCAAAACACGCCCUUUGUCUUCAAGAACUUGAAAUCCUUGGUCAUUGACGAGGCCGACAGAAUUCUUGAGAUUGGUUUCGAAGACGAAAUGAAGCAAAUUAUCAAGAUUUUGCCUUCGGAGGACCGACAAAGUAUGCUUUUCAGUGCGACACAAACAACCAAGGUCGAGGAUCUCGCCAGAAUUUCGCUCCGCCCCGGACCUCUGUAUAUCAAUGUGGACGAGGAGAAGCAGUUCAGUACAGCCGAGGGUCUGGAGCAAGGAUAUGUGCUCUGCGAGCCCGACAAGCGAUUCUUGCUCCUGUUCAGUUUCCUAAAGAGGAACCAAAAGAAGAAGAUCAUUGUCUUCUUUAGCAGUUGUGCAUGUGUCAAGUAUCACUCUGAGCUCCUCAAUUACAUUGAUCUUCCGGUGCUCGACCUUCACGGAAAGCAAAAACAACAAAAGAGAACCAACACCUUUUUUGAAUUCUCGAAUGCCAAGCAGGGUACACUGCUUUGCACAGAUGUUGCUGCUCGUGGUCUCGAUAUUCCUGCUGUUGACUGGAUUGUCCAGUUUGACCCUCCGGAUGAUCCCCGUGACUACAUUCACCGCGUGGGCCGAACAGCUCGUGCCAACACCAAGGGCCGAAGUCUGAUGUUCUUGCAGCCCUCGGAAGCUGCUUUCCUGGGUCACCUCAAGCAGGCCCGCGUUCCCGUCUCCGAGUUCGAGUUCCCGGCCAACAAGAUCAUCAACAUCCAGAGCCAACUCGAGAAGCUGGUGUCGCAGAACUACUACCUCCACCAGUCUGCCAAGGACGGUUUCAAGAGUUAUAUCCACGCAUACGCCAGCCACAGCUUGAGAUCCGUGUUUGAUGUUUCCAAGCUCGACUUGAAGAAGGUUGCAAAGUCUUUCGGAUUCAACGCUCCCCCGCGAGUCGACAUUUCAUUGAAUGCAAGCAUGAAGAAUGACAAGGUGCAAGGAAGAAGAGCCUACGGAUCUCAGCCCCGACAGGGCUCGAAGCAGCAGUUCAACAAGAGAAGGUAA